GAAUAUCUGAACUACGGAAGACUGUCAGUGCAACAGUGUUUUCAUUUAACUUGAAACAUUGUUCACUUGACCAAAAAAGCUAUUGUGACUUGACGAUAGAGUACAACUUUAGUGCGAUAGACCCACACUGGCACAUGGGUACGUUAACCUUACGUUUACUCAACGUUGCUCAUUGAAUGAUAACACGUUGGAUCUCUCUAGUGCCUUAGUGCAACUUCCAAAGUAGAAACAGACAGAUAUGACAGAAAUGGAAGAAUUGUACAUUCUACAACGGGAAGUGGGCCGAGGGAGCUACGGCGUGGUGUUCGAGGGUCUGGAAAAAGGAGCUGGAGACAGGGUGGCUAUCAAGCGUUUGCCGUGCGUUAACCCCGAAGGCAUUCAGCUGUACCUGCAGGAGCUGUGGGUCAUGAGAACAACGGCCGAGAACCACCCGAACGUCAUUGCCUUGCACAGUUGCCUCGCACAGACAGGACCAAACACGCUUCAGCUACUUAAACCCGGCAGACUACCUCUGGACUUGGUGGAGAGCGCAUUGAAAGGCACCUUGGCCUCGGGUCAAAAGCACAGUACCCAAGGCACAAACCCUCGCUCCCGCAAGAGACCUAUGCAGCCGACAGCCGAGGUCGUACCCCGUCGUUGCUCCGCCCUGUGGUUGGUGAUGGAAUACUGUGAAGGCGGUGAUCUGAACCACUUCAUACUGUCCAGGCCGCCGGACACGGAGCGCAACCACAGCGUGAUCAAACAGCUGAGCAGCGCCUUGACAUUUCUGCAUGGGCUGGGUAUUGUGCACCGCGACCUCAAGCCCGAUAAUGUGUUGGUGCAACUUACUAAAAAGGGCCCCGUCAUUAAGGUGGCAGAUUUUGGCCUCAGUAAAAUGACCGAGCGUCUGUCGGAAGGUGACCAAACUCGGCCGGCGUUCUCCUCCACGUGUGGCUCAGACUUCUACAUGGCCCCGGAGGUGUGGGCUGGGCUCAACUACACAGCUCAGGCGGACAUUUUCUCCAUGGGGGUCCUCUUCUGGGCCGUCCUGGAGAGAAUCACCUUUCUGGAAGAUGGAUGCACACAUGAACAGCUCGGGGCGUAUUUUGUGCGCGGCCGCUGGCUAACUCCCCUGGGUGAGGCGCUGUGCCAGAACCCCGAGCUGCAGCUGGCGAUCCCCAUGAAGGGCAAGCGUGCUCCGCCGCUGCCCCCUCCUCCCAACCCCGCCGCCUGCGCCCUGCUGCGGCACAUGCUGACCUCCGACCCGGACGCCCGGCCCAGCGCCCAGCAGCUGGAGGGGUACCUGCGGAACGCCCUCAAGCAGCACUGAGGCGGCGAUAGCGGCGGCGGCUACGGCGGAUACUCUCACUUACAGCGUAAUGCAGAUGCCGGAGGAAUGACUAGCAGGACAUCACUAUUGGACUCCUUAAUCCUCCUUAAGGAUUAAGUUUAGUCCUAAAAACUAGAGGACGCACUUUUUUUUCAGUGGAGUUCUCUCCAUUAAAUGUUCUCUUAAAAGUCCAGAACACUUAAUCCAUGUACAGGAAACAGAAAAUGUACACCCCCCCCCUUCUUUGCUCACUGACAUCGUGUCAGUGGCUUGUGGUGAGAAAGUGGCUGUACAUAAGGGAUUGACCAAAGGGAUUUCUGCUUGCUUGAAUUGCAACCUCAGACAUAGGCUAUUAAAUGGCAUAUCUGAGGCACUGGAUACUUGAUCUUAAAUGGUAUCUACACUGUAAAUCACCAGUGAUCGUGAUGGGUCCUGGUGAAUUUUUGUAAGAACAUUUGUUGCAUUUGUUGCAAAAUGAGUUAAACCACACAAUUGUUACAUUUGUGUUUUAAUGAGCUUGGAUGUAUUUAUUGAAGAAUGGAUAAAAACAGGUUGUGUAUGUACAA